AUAGUCUAACACCAUAAAUAAUUCAUCCGUAGGCCCAUUAUUAAGGCUCAAUAGGCCCACUCAAUAGACAGUGGGCUAAAGCCAGAGUUUGUCCGAAGAGCGCGGAACCCACUCUCUCAUCCCACGUGUUUCUCACGUAACACACUUCUGAUUGGUCUGUAUAACCCACGUGCUAAAUUAAGUGGGACCCACAAGUCCUGGAUGGUGAUUGCGAUCGGAAACAGAUAUUUCGUUAAAGAGCGACCGAAUUUAGAUAUGCACAAACAGAGCCAAAAGAAAAGAAAGAAACAUGUGGUUGGGUGUAAGAGACCGAGUCGCCCGAAGAUCUCCCACCACCACCGACCAAUCAAAACCGCCACGUCAGCUGGAACAUGAGUUCCCGUGAUUUGGGAUCUUAACUUGAGAAACUAGCGACCGAACACAGAUACCGACUCAGGUUCCUCUUCUUAGAGUUCUUGCCUGUCAUGGAAUCCCCCUUUUCAAGGGUUUUUCUCGCCAAACCCGGAAUCAUUCUUCUUCUUCUUCUUCUUGCAACCGGUUAUGUGAUGCUCCUGUUUGAACAGAAAAAAAAAAAAGAGAAAAAGUUCGGAUCUUUGCAUUGGAUUUGAUCUGAGGUGUGUUUAAUCCUGCAUUUCCUCUUUCAAAUCUUCGAUUUUGUCACGCACGCAGAAUUGUCUGGUUUUUAUUAUCCCUGUUCUGCAAGCAUUUGUUAUUACGUGUUAAGGAAGGAAAAAGGGUAGGUAAGCCUCUUGUUGGAGUUAACAGUUUAGUUCUCAGAAUUAUGGAGAAGAAGAUAAGAGAGGUGAAAGAUGAGGCAAAUAGUACGAGCCCUCCAUUGUUUCGUCGGGUUCACCUGAAUGAUAUAGAGAAAGGAGGGCGGUCCCGAGCCCCGAGCCACGUCCCUGAUUCUUCUUCCACUAUGUCUAUUGCACCAGCAGCCGCCACCAGAUUCAGCCAUGGUGCUUGCCUUGCCGGUAAACGUGAGAAGAAUCCGCUUGUACCAUUUCGUGAAUCUGCUUCACCAUCAAAGCUUGCUGAUAAGCAGAAUUCAUCCUCGCAAAGUGUUGGAAAGUCCAGUGUUACAGUUGAUACCCUCGACGGGAAGAAGGCACAGAUCUCGAAUUCUCCAGCUCCUCGAGAAUCCUUCUCGUCGGUUACUAAGCCUAACUUAUUUGGAAAGACGGAGUACCAUUUCAAGAACUUCUCUUUCAAGGCUCUUACCAGCUUGGAUUAUCUUAGAGUUCCUGAACUUGGAUGCUCGAAAACAGAAUUGCAUAGCAGAAAAGAUCUGAAAGAAAGCAUAGAUUUAUCGCUCCAACUUCAGAAACCUGAAACUGUACUUCGGGUUGAGCAAGUAUCGAAUCAUAACUAUGACGAUGUCUCAGACAGCUCCGGGAUGGAAUCUGCAUCGGGUUUGAGUGCAUCUCCCAAUCACUUAGUCAAAGUGAUUCGUGACAAACAGUAUUCCAGAAUGAGAACGACUAUGAUCGAACAGCAGAGGAUCUUCGCAGCACAAGUUUUCGAAUUGCAUAGACUGAUAACUGUUCAGAAGAGGCUUGCAAGGUCCCCGAGCACGAUUCUUGAGCGAAAGGGUAUCACGGGAAAGCUUGGAACGAUGAAGAAACUCUCAAACGUGUUGAAAAUGGCUCCCGGGGUUAAGCCCGAACUGAAACCCACAACUGAAUAUCUGGAGAAGAGUGUGAUACCGAAACUUCCUCUACCUUCGUUAAGCAAAGACCUCAUAACACAUAAGACCCAUCCUGCCGUCACGAAUGAAAACCCGUCAAAUCCAUGGUGGUUUUCAUCGUCAGGAAACCACUGGUUAGUUCCUGUGAUGUCUCCUUCUGAAGGACUGGUUUAUAAGCCAUACUCAGGACUGUGUCCACCACCAGCUUCAGGCUUUGUGGUUUCCGUUUUUGGAGAUGAUUCUUUCGAAACAGCUCUCGGAUUUCCUGUUUCUCAUCAGACAAACCCAUUUGGUCAUAUCGGUCAGGGAAUGUCAUUUUGUGUAAGAAAGCCCGAGACGUCAAAAGACAGUGAAGUACAAGCUCUGUCGUGUCCCAUGAAUACAAUCUCUCUGUACCUGUGA